AUGCACCACACCGAGUGGGUCGGUUCCGAGGACUUCUCAUGUCUUGUCUACAUUACUAGUCCAUGGACACUAAACCUGGCCGAGCCAUGGUGGAAAGCUAAGUAUUGGAUUUUAAUCACUGAUUCAUUCACGUUAGUACCCUACUUUCCUACUGAAACCUGGGUUAAGUACUCCAUUAAGGAUGUCCCCGCCAGUGGGGGAUGUGACGGUGUACCGAUCCAGCUUGGUGCGCCGUUGCAGUCCAAUCUCGAUGGGAUGAUGGAUUAUCAGCAAACUACGGAAGUGAGGCCACAUCUUCCGUACGUUAGAAGAUGCAGUAGUGAUUAUGAUUUGGAUCGGAUCGCUGAUAAAACCGUGGAUGAUUUGGUGGGAUCAACCCUGACUUCGGCUACAUACAUCUGGGCGGGCGCGACAAAAAAGCAAAAACAGGUGAACGAACAGAUCGGCAUCGUAUCUCUAGCCAGCUUACUUGCUAGAAAAGGUUAUAAUCAUCAUUCAUUCAUUCAGUCAGUCAGUCAGUCAAUCAGUCUACUGAUCAAAGGAAGGAAAAGUAAAAACAGAAAAGGAGAAAGCAUGAUUGAACACUACUACUGUGUACUCGAACUACUGAGUGAAGAAAGUUGA